AUGGAGUCCGGCGGGUUCCUUCCCCGACCCGUUCCGUGCGCCGGCUCCGAACCAGCCGACAGCCGCGGCGGCGGCUGGCGUGCAGCGCGCUUCCUCCUAGCUGUCGGGUUCUUGGAGCGAAUCGGAUUCUAUGGUGUGCAGGCGAACCUGAUCAUGUACCUGAACGGCCCGCUUGGCAUGUCCACGGCGGCCGCCGCUGCCAGCGUGAACGCGUGGGCCGGGACGGUGCAGGUGCUGCCGCUGGUCGGCGCGCUCGCCGCGGACUCAAGGCUGGGGCGAUACAGAGCGGUCCUAGCCGCCGGCGUGCUCUAUCUGCUGAGCUUGGGAAUGCUGACGGUCUCAUCCACGCUGCAAACACCGCAACCUCACGCCGGGAGCUCCUCGUCCUCCUCCCCUUCCUCUGCCCGGCUCGCCUUGUUCUACAUCGCGCUCUACCUGCUAGCGCUGGCGCAGGGCUUCCACCGUCCGUGCGCGGAGGCGCUCGGCGCGGACCAGUUCGAGGGCGACAGGAAUGCGCCCGCCGCGUCCCGGAGCUCCUACUUCAACUGGUUCCAUUUCUCCAUAUCAUGGGGCUAUGCCAUCGCCACCGCGGGCCUGAGCUACGUCGAGGACAACGUCGGCUGGACCAUCGGGUUCGCCGCGUGCUGGGCCACGAUGGUGUUAUAUCUUGCAGUCUUCUUGCUUGGCACACGAACAUAUCGUGCCGACAAAACCGUCAGCGGCAGAUCGUUCUCUGAAACCGCUUGGGACUGGGCGGCCAGGGUCCAGCGUCGCAAAGACGCCACCGAUACCACCGAACGGCUGCUUGUAGCUCCAGAACGUGAGGAGGAAAAUAAAGGGCUCGUCGCUAAGCUGCUCCCGAUAUGGGUGACGAGCCUAGUCUUCGCGGCCAUCUAUUCGCAGCUCUACACCCUGUUCACCAAGCAGAGCAGCACGCUGGACCGGCGCCUCGGCGGUGCCACGGGCCCCGUCGUGCCGCCCGCGGCGCUCCAGGUCUUCGUCAGCGUCACCAUGAUCACCGUGCUCCCAGUCUACGACCGCGUGCUGGUGCCGCUCGUGAGGCGCUUCACGAGGCACCACGCGGCCAUCACGCCGUUCCAGCGCAUCGGCGCCGGCAUGGCCAUGUCAGGCGUCAUCAUGUACGUCAUGAUCGGUGUCUCAACCGUGCUCGCUGAGAUCGGGCUCGAGGAGUUCUUCUACGACCAGGUACCCGACGCGAUGCGAAGCGUCGGGCUCGCGCUGUCCCUCAGCGCCAUGGACGCGGGGAGCUACGCCAGCAACGUGCUUGUUUCGGUGAUCGAUUGGGGGAAGACGCCUCCACCUCCAACUCCGGAGGCGCAGCAAUGGAGUCCGGUGAGCUCCAGCGCCGACCCGGGCCUGGUCGGGUUCUUGGAGCGUAUCGGCUUCUACGGCGUGCAGGGCAACCUUAUUAUGUUCCUGACCGGCCCGCUCGGCAUGACCACGGCGUCCGCGGCCGCCGGCGUCAACGCAUGGGCUGGGACCGUACAGGUGCUGCCUCUCGUCGGCGCGCUCGCCGCCGACUCACGCCUCGGACGGUACCGCGCCAUCGUUGCCGCCAGCGUGCUCUAUCUGCUGAGCUUGGGGAUGCUGACGGUCUCAUCCGUGCUGCAAACAGCGCAGCCUCACCCGGCGAGCUCUCCACCGUCGACGUCGCCUGCCCGCCUCGCCUUCAUCUACGUCGCCCUCUACCUGCUGACACUGGCACAGGGCUUCCACAGGCCGUGCGCGGACCAGUUCACGCCGAGCGACGGCAACCCAAGCCCGCGCGCGUCCCGGAGCUCCUACUUCAAUUGGUUCCACUUCUUCAUUUCUUGGGGCUACGCGACGUCCACGACGGUGCUGAGCUACCUCGAGGACAACGCCGGAUGGGCCGUCGGCUUCGGCACGUGCUAG